CACAGUUUCCCGAUUACAACUGCGCGCCGCGAGAGAAGAAAUCGUUUACCCAGUUUGGUAAACGUAUUCUUACCAAGAAACGUGCCAAGAAUUUUGCCGAUCAUUUAUUAUUUCUGCCGACGUACAUUUGCAUGUUCGGCAAAUAUUGUACUAAUAAGCGUUUAAUUUAAUUGUAACGCGUCCUUGGUGAUCUAUUUUUAUACACGCGCUUGGCGUACUUAAUGUUAAUCAGCUUGGUGAUUUGUUCCCCGCCGAGUCUACGGAAAAGAUAUAACAUCGUAAUUCGGUCGUAAAAUCGCGCUGCGAUAAUACUUCUUUUUUUUUCGCUGAUGUGCACAAUCGAACUUGCGAAGUUUGCUGAAUAAAGUUGUGCUGUCGACGUAACGUGUAUCAUACCACAGUGUAUUUCGAACGUUCGUUAUCUAAUCGAGUCCACUCGACUUCUGGAUCUUUACUUUGAUCGUCUUUACUCGAUCAGUCCAACUUUUGACCUGAACUAGUACGGACCUCCACUUCUCGUGAUUUCGGUAGCUCUCGUGCCCGUUCGCGCUCAAUAUGGAUGACGAGAUUUUAAACGCGUUGAACAAUGACAGCGAGCUGCCGGACGAUGUGCAACAGAAAUUGGCGAAGAUCAUCGAGAAGUAUCAACAGCUGAGCGACGAAGACAAGGAGGAGUUCAAAAAGGGCGCUUUUGACGUGCUGACGAAGACCCUGACUAAGUUACCCGGCAGCUCAAUUCUGCCCACGUGGCUCGCACCAUAUGAAUCUUUUCUUCUAUUUUUUUUCGCGGUGUCGAUUGUGUUUUUCCUGCUCGCUGUGAUUGCCCGCAAUUUAUACCUACGCGUAAAGAACCGAGAAGAACGGCGAGAGAAGAAGAAAAAUCUUAAGGAACAAAAAGCGACAAAUAAAAAGAAGAAGAAAACAAAUUAAGAUAUGAUAACUUACAUAUUACAUUAAAGAGAAAUUUGUUAUCAAAAGAGUUCUAUUAUUUUGUUUUUUAAAUACAUGACAUAUUUUACAAAUUAA